AUGGCUCCUCUUACUUUACCAGUUGGUGAAGCUAAACCAGGUGAAACAGCUCCAAGAAGAAAAGCUGCUUAUAAAGAUGCACCAUUAGUAAGACCUCAAGAUUCUAAAGCUACAAAUAUUCCUGAAUUUAUUGAAGAAUGUGUUGAAAGAAAUCCUUCAAAUAAAGCUAUGGGUUGGAGAAAUUUAAUUGAUACUCAUGUUGAAGUUAAACAAGUUACUAAAUUUAUUGAUGGUAAAGAAACUAAAGUUGAUAAAGAAUGGAUUUAUUAUGAAUUAUCUCCUUAUAAUUAUAUAACUUAUCGUGAAUUAUUAACUUUAGUUCAAGAUUAUUCUAAGGGACUUAUUGAAUUAGGUUUAAAACCAAAUCAAGAAGCUAAAGUAUUUGUUUAUGCUUCAACAUCUCCUAAAUGGAUGCAAACAUUUUUAGCUUCUGCUUAUCAAAAUGUUCCAAUUGUUACAGCUUAUGAUACUUUAGGUGAAUCUGGUUUAACUCAUUCUUUAGUUCAAACUGAAUCUGAUCUCAUUUUUACUGAUAAUAAUUUAUUACAAUCAUUAGUUAAUCCUUUACAAAAGGCUAAAAAUGUUAAAUAUAUUAUUCAUUCUGAACAAAUUGAUCCAAAUGAUAAAAGAUCUAAGGGUAAAAUUUAUGAAGAAGCAAAAUUAGGUAGAGAAAAGAUUUUAGAAGUUAGACCUGAUAUUAAAUUUAUUAGUUAUGAUGAUGUAAUUGCAUUAGGUAAAAAAUCUUCUUUACCUUUACAUUAUCCAAAACCUGAAGAUUUAGCUUGUAUUAUGUAUACUUCUGGUUCAACUGGUGAUCCAAAGGGGGUUGUACUUACUCAUGAAAAUUUAGUUGCUGGUGUUGGUGGUAUUUCUUCUGUUGCUGAUCGUGAUUUAGUUACUCCAAAGGAUAGAGUUAUUGCUUUCUUACCUUUAGCUCAUAUUUUCGAAUUAGCUUUUGAAAUUGUUAAUUUUUGGUGGGGUUCAACUUUAGGUUAUGCAAAUGUUAAAACUUUAACUGAUGUUCUGUGUAGAAAUUGUCAAUCUGAUCUUUUGGAAUUUAAACCAACUAUUAUGGUCGGAGUUGCUGCUGUUUGGGAAUCAGUUAGAAAGGGUGUUCUUGCUAAAGUUAAACAAUUACCAUUUAUUACUCAAAAGAUAUUUUGGACUGCUUUUAAAGCAAAAUCAACUUUUACUCAUUAUGGUCUUCCAGGAGCUGAUUUCUUUGAUAUAAUUUUCAAAAAAGUUAAAGCAGCAACUGGUGGUGAAUUAAGAUGGAUUCUUAAUGGUGGAUCUCCAAUUUCAAAAGAUGCUCAAAUCUUUAUUUCAACUUUAAUUGCUCCAAUGUUAUUAGGUUAUGGAUUAACUGAAACCACUGCCAAUACAACUGUUGUUGAUCAUCAUAAUUUUGAAUAUGAUUGUUUAGGAACUAUUCUUGGUUCAACCACUUGUAAAUUAGUUGACGUUCCUGAUGCUGGAUAUUUUGCCAAGAAUAAUCAAGGAGAAAUUCUUUUAAAAGGUAAAUCAAUUACUUCUGAAUAUUAUAAAAAUGAAAAGGAAACUGCUGCAGCUUUUACUGAAGAUGGUUGGUUUAGAACUGGUGAUAUUGGUGAAUGGACUCAUAAUGGUGGAUUAAGAAUUAUUGAUCGUAAAAAGAAUUUAGUUAAAACAUUAAAUGGGGAAUAUAUUGCCUUGGAAAAAUUGGAAUCUAUUUAUAGAUCUAAUCCAACUGUUCUUAAUCUUUGUGUUUAUGCUGAUCAAUCUAAAGUUAAACCAAUUGCAAUUAUUUUACCAAAUGAACAACAUUUAAAACAACAUCUUGUUGAUGAAAAAAUCUUUAGUAAAGAAGAAGUUGAAAGAUUAGAUAUAGGACAUUUAGUUCAUGAUCAACGAGUUAUUAAAUCAGUUCAUAAAUAUUUAUUACAAACUGGUAAAAGUCAAGGUUUAAGAGGAAUAGAAUUAAUUCAAACCGUUGUAUUAUUAGAUGAUGAAUGGACUCCACAAAAUGGUUUAGUUACCUCAGCUCAAAAGUUACAACGUAAAAAGAUUUUAGCAUCCUGUAAAGAUCAAGUUGAUGCUGCUUAUGCAAAGUCUUAA